AAAAACUACCUCUAUAGGAGUGUGACAGCAGCGAGCCCUAGCCUUUCCGCGGCUCGGGGCGAGGGCAGACCUGGUUCUGGUGCAAGCCGUUCACACUCGCUCCCUGCCACUGCCCGUGGCUCCGUGAGGCCAAAUUUUCCUUUUCCACCUUCUCCUCGUCCCGCACCCCCAGCCCCUGGUCGAGAGAAGGCUGCCCACUUCUGAUCUUACCAGCCCAGACUGCUGGAAACACCGAGAGGUGGUUUUUGUCUUUUAAAACUCCUGUCUCGGGGGAGGGGUUGUGACAAGGCAAGAUGAGAAACUCCGUUCCUCUGCUCUGUUUCUGGAGCCUCUAUUGCUGUUUUGCUGCGGGGAGCCCUGCACCUUUUGAUCCAGAGGGACGGCUGGAAGAUGAGCUCCACAAACCCAAAGCUGUACAGGCUGAGGUCAAACCCUCUGUGAGGUUUAACCUCCGCACCUCCAAGGACCCAGAGCAUGAAGGAUGCUACCUCUCCCUCGGGCACAGCCAGCACUUAGAAGACUGCGGUUUCAACAUGACAGCUAAAACCUUUUUCAUCAUUCAUGGAUGGACGAUGAGUGGUAUCUUUGAAAACUGGCUACACAAACUCGUGUCAGCACUGCACACCAGAGAGAAGGACGCCAAUGUAGUUGUGGUUGACUGGCUCCCCCUGGCCCACCAGCUUUACACAGAUGCAGUCAAUAACACCAGGGCGGUGGGACACAGCAUUGCCAGGAUGCUCGACUGGCUGCAGGAGAAGGAUGAAUUUUCUCUCGGGAAUGUCCACUUGAUUGGCUACAGCCUCGGAGCGCACGUGGCCGGGUAUGCUGGCAACUUCGUGAAAGGAACGGUGGGCCGAAUCACAGGUUUGGAUCCUGCCGGGCCCAUGUUUGAGGGGGCGGAUAUCCACAAGAGGCUGUCUCCUGAUGAUGCGGAUUUUGUGGAUGUCCUCCACACCUACACACGUUCCUUCGGCUUGAGCAUCGGCAUUCAGAUGCCUGUGGGCCACAUUGACAUCUACCCCAAUGGGGGUGACUUCCAGCCCGGCUGUGGACUCAACGACGUCUUGGGAACAAUUGGAUAUGGAACAAUCACGGAGGUGGUAAAAUGUGAGCAUGAGCGGGCUGUCCACCUCUUUGUUGACUCCCUGGUGAAUCAGGACAAGCCAAGCUUUGCCUUCCAGUGCACUGACUCCAACCGCUUCAAAAAGGGGAUCUGUCUGAGCUGCCGCAAGAACCGUUGUAAUAGCAUUGGCUACAAUGCCAAGAAAAUGAGGAACAAGAGGAACAGCAAAAUGUACCUAAAAACCCGGGCAGGCAUGCCUUUCAGAGUUUACCAUUAUCAGAUGAAAAUCCAUGUCUUCAGUUACAAGAACAUGAGAGAAAUUGAGCCCACCUUUUAUGUCACCCUUUAUGGCACUAAUGCAGAUUCCCAGACUCUGCCAUUGGAAAUAGUGGAGCAGAUCGAGCAGAAUGCCACCAACACCUUCCUGGUCUACACUGAGGAGGACUUGGGAGACCUUCUGAAGAUCCAGCUCACCUGGGAGGGGACCUCUCAGUCUUGGUACAGCCUGUGGAAGGAGCUUCGCAGCUACCUGUCUCAACCCCGCAACCCCAGGCAGGAGCUGCAUAUCAGGCGCAUCCGGGUGAAGUCUGGGGAAACCCAGCGGAAACUGACAUUUUGCGCAGAGGACCCUGAGAACACCAGCAUAUCCCCAGGCCGGGAGCUCUGGUUUUACAAGUGUCGGGAUGGCUGGAGGAUGAAAAACGAAACCAGUCCCACUGUGAAGCUUCCCUGAGGGUGCCCGGGCAAGUCUUGCCAGCAAGGCUGCAAGACUUCCUGCUAUCCAAGCACAUGGAGGAAAGUUACUGCUGAGGACCCACCCGAUGGAAGGAUUCUUCUCGGCCUUGACCUUGGAGUACUGGGAACAAGUGGUCUCCUGUGAUGGCCGGGACUCCUCGUGGGAGGGGACUGCGCUGCUAUAGCUCCUGCUGCCUCUCUUGAAUCGCUCUAACUCCAAGCCUCUGUCUAUACCUCCAGAGCACCAAGUCCAGAUUUGAGUGUAAGCAGCUGGGUGCCCCAGGGCCUAUCAUGCACACUGGAUUGGUUUCUUAGUUGCUGGGUGAGCCUGUACGCUGCCUACAAGGAAUGCUGGCUCCAAAGAGGGUCUGUGUGGAAGGCUGUCAGCUGCUUAGCUUGCCUUGAGCCUUACUGAGAAGUCCUUCUGUUGGGAGCUGACUCAUGUCAUGGGAGCAGGCCUGAUAUCUUGUUCAGGCUCUGACUGUUGGGUUCUCAUGGACUGAACUGACCACACUGGCUAUAUCUUAGCUAUUCCGUCCUGCUCCCCAGCUCACUCUCUGAAGCACACAUCAUUGGCUUUCUUACUUUUCUGUUCAUUUUUUAAUUGAGCAAAUGUUUAUUGAACACUUAAAAUUAGUUAGAAUGUGGUAAUGGGCAUAUUACUGAGCCUCUCCAUUCAAAACCCAGUGGAGUUGAGAUUUCUUGACCCCCUUUCUAUUUGGAUGGUAUAUGUGUAUAUGCAUGGGGAAAGGCAUUUUGGGCCUGGUGGAGGCUGUAGGAUGUAAGCAUCAGGGAUCCUGAGGCUUUAAGUGGUUUCUAUUUUUUCUUAGUUAAUAUGUGCCGCCUCCCCUGUGAGUGACGUGUUUGAUCACUAGCAGAACAGCAAGCAGAAUGUCAUCCAUGCUGGGGCCAGGAUGAUGGCCAGUUGCCAGAUACAACUGCUUUGGAGCAAAUCUCUUCUGUUUAGGGAGAUAGAAGGUAUGACGUAUGUAAUACAUACCUGUGUCCACAGAAACCAGCACCUGCCAGACGGAGCUGGUUCUAAGAGUUAAUGUAGUGCUUUUUUCCUCCUUGAAAUAUUUUGCUUCAAUACCAGAGCCUUUUCUCGUUGAAAUUCUUGGAAAAGCCACCGAUUCUAGAUCUUGGUUUGAAUUAAUACACACAAUAUCUGAGACACCUAUACUUUUCAAAAGAUUUGUGUGUGUACAUUACCUAAUUAGAGUAGGGAGAGAAGGGCAGCUAUUAUUAUCCCUAUUUUACAAAACUGAGGCUUAGUGAGGUUCAGCCACGUGCCUAGACUUAUAUACCUAGUUAGUGGUGCAGCCAGGCAGAGGACCCAGAUUUCCUGGAGGCAAAGUCCAUCUCUGAAACUCCAUGAAGAUGUUUGCAACCAAUUCCCACCAAUACACUCUAGGUGUGAGACAAACAAGCAAACAAGGCCUUUUUUUUUUUUUUUUUUUUUUUUUGUAGAACCAUCAAUAAAAUCCUAAGCCCUUUUAUUAAUGUAUAACCAGGAGAAUAUCUGUGCCAAGAGAUUGGACGUUUUAUGGCUGAGAUUCGCCAGGAAGUGUGGGGGAGGAAGAACGAUUUUCUUUGUACUUAGGUUUUCUAAGGACAUUGUUUUAAUCUGUAUCAUGCCAAAGUUGUAUCACUGUUAAACUUUUGAAGACAUAACCAGUUAACUGUUCAUUCAAGGUUCUCAAGCCAACUCUGUGCUUGUCUUGUUUCCGUGAUUGCUUUCUAGCCGAAGUGAAGCUUGCAUAGGUUGAGUAUCCCUUAUCCAAAAUGCUUGGAAUCAGAAGUGUUUCAAAUUUCAGGUUAUUUUCAGAUUUUGGAAUAUUUGCAUAUACAUAAUGAGAUAUUUUGGGAAUAGGACCCAACUCUAAACAUAAACCUUAUUUAUGUGUCAUUUACACCUUAUCCACGUAGCCUGAGGGUAAUUUUAUACAAUAUUUUAAAUCACGUGCCUUAAGCACGGUUUGUGUUAAGUACUUAUGUGUGGGGUUUUCUACUUGUGGUGUCUUGUUGGUGCUCAAAGAGUUUUGGAUUUUGGAGCAUUUCAGAUUUUGGAUUUUUGGAUUAGGGAUGCUCAACCUGUAUUAUUGGCUGUACAUCCUGGUCACUUCUGACUUCUGUUUUUACUAAAGGAAGGUUUUGGGAAUUGAAUUCUCAGCAGGUUGUAUAUUUAUACACCUGGCUUGAAGCCUUAAUUGUAUAUAAUGAUGCUUUUUUAAAAAUGCUACCUAGAGGACUAUUUAUUUCUCAAGUGUAUAUAAUGUAUAAAAACAAAUAUAUCGUUAGUUUUUACUUAAGGUUAACCAAUUUCAAGAUUAAAUUUUUAAAGUAGUAAAAUAAUAAAAAAUUAUAAAGUUCUUAA